AUGAGUGAGAAGCUCACCAUAGACGAGCAGAUGGUGCCAUUCAAGGGGAGACACAGGUUGAAACAGUACCUGCCACCAAAACCAAAGAACUGGGGCUAUAAAAUUAUCUUCUUGGCAGGAUCUGAUGGAAUACCACACAACCUUGAAGUUGACCAACCUCCUGAGCUGCCGAAUGUUGGAGCUAGUGAAAAAGUUGUCCUCCAACUGGUCCAGCCAAUCCCCAAGGAAGAGAACUACAAUCUCUUCUUUGACAAUUGGUUCACUAGUGUCCCUCUUGUAGUCACAUUGGCUGAGCAGGGAAUUCGCUGCACUGGCACUGUUCAUGGCAACAGAUUACCUGGGGUCAACCUGAAGAGAGCAGGACAUGGGCCAUUCAAAGAGAAGAUGGCCAUGGUGAGAGAAACCACCUUGUAUGUUGUCAAGUGGUGCGACAACCACUCUGUGACCCUUAUGAGUGACCACAUCGGAGCCAACCCUGUGAUUGAGGUUGACAGGUGGGAUUGCUAGAAAAACAUCACUGUGGUGCAAGAAUAUAACAAGAACAUGGGUGGGGUGGACCUCUGCAUGUGUGGUAAGAGCCUUGAGAAGAAAUGAGGUCGUCCCAGCCAGUCCAUUGCUGGCGCAUAUAGAGAAGAGGAAGAAAGGACGCACA